GUGGGGUUACUGGAGGCUGCCAUUCAAGCCGGAAGUGCCGCUUGUGUGUAGUCUGUGCUGCUGCGGGAGUUAAAGCUAAAUUGGAAGAUGAGCUGCCAGAUAACGUGUGCGUCCUGGGUACAGAGGGGGGUCGCCAAAGAGCUUCCCGAGAAGGUACAACUCAGCAAAGAAGAGUUACAUAAACUUAUCACCGAAGCUAAAGAACAACUUCAAGAACUCGAUAAUGAAGAGGAUGCGGAGGAAGAAAUGGAGAACCCAGAGAACCCUGAUGAUGAUGAUGAAGGAGGUCCUCAGCCAGGCGAAGAUCAGGAAGAAAACAUUUCCAAACUUAAUGACGAUGAACUGGCCGAGUAUGAUUUGGACAAUUACGAUGAAGAAGAAAAUACAGAGGUUGGAAACCUUGGAGACAGCCUGGCUGGACUUGCCGUCUAUAGCAGCAACGAGAAUGAUGCAUACAUCACCCUAAAAGAUACAGAACAGUAUGAGAAAGAUGAUUUCGUAAUUAAACCCACUGACAACCUGUUGGUUUGUGGAAGAGCGGAAAAAGACCACUGCAAUCUUGAGAUUCACGUGUACAACCACGAAGAGGAUUCUUUCUACGUUCACCACGAUAUCAUUCUCCCCGCGUAUCCUCUAUGUUCUGAGUGGCUGAAUUUUGACCCAAGCCCAGAAGAGUCCUCAGGAAAUUAUGUUGCUGUCGGUAACAUGACCCCAGUAAUUGAUGUUUGGGACCUGGAUUUGGUGGAUUGUCUGGAGCCUGUCUUUUCGCUGGGAAGUAAAAAAAUGAAAAAGAAAAAGAAAGGGAAGAAGGGCGCAUCCUCGGAAGAAAGCCACGAAGGACAUUCCGAUGCCGUUUUAGAUCUCUCUUGGAAUAAGCUGGUCAGAAAUGUGCUGGCCAGCGCUUCCGCCGAUGGCUCUGUGAUUCUGUGGGAUAUGGCCCAGGGUAAACCAGCUGCCAGCCUAACCCUGCACACAGAUAAGGUUCAGACAAUCCAGUUCCACCCAUUUGAACCACAAACACUCUUAUCUGGAUCUUUUGACAAGUCUGCCAUAUUGUACGACUGCAGGAGCCCUCAAGAAAACCACAGAACCUGGAGGUUCAGCGGACAGGUGGAAAGAGUAACUUGGAACCAGUUCUCCCCAAGGAACUUUUUAGCCAGCACAGAAGAUGGCUUUGUGUAUUGCUUGGAUGCCCGUUCCGACAAACCGGUUUUCACCCUCAAGGCUCACGAUGCAGAAGUUUCUGGUCUGGAGUUAAGUAGCCAAGUAAAAGGAUGCCUGGUGACGUCAUCUGCUGAUAAAUUUGUAAAAAUUUGGGAUAUCUUACUUGAUAAGCCAAGCCUAAUUCAUUCCAGAGAUAUGAAGAUGGGAGUCAUGUUCUGCACUGCUUGUUGCCCAGACUUACCUUUUGUUUAUGCAUUUGGUGGUCAAAAGGACGGUCUGAGAGUUUGGGACAUUAGCAGCAUUAAUGCAGUGAAAGAAGCUUUUGGGAGCAGAGAAAGGCUGGUGGUCUCCACGCUUUCAGAUUCGUCAUCAGGCAGCGUUCCAGGAACCAGCGCAUCCGAUACAAUGGAAUCCUAGAACCAGAGGAAUUCGUCUUUUUUCUGGCUGCAAAUUGCGUCUUCCCUACCCUUAAGGCAAAACAAGGGAAAUGUGGCUAUUCACAUCAAUUGGCAUGUUCAUUAAUAUUUAUUGAUACCGGGAAACAAAAUCUGUAGGAUUAAUACCAAAUGUCUGUAUUUCACAGUAGUAGGCUUUCCGCUGUACAGAUUAGAUGAUAUUUUUUUUUAUCACUGGUCCAGUCUCAUUUUCCCUUAAUAUUUCAUGCGGACUUAUGCCUUUUGCUGGGCUGUAUAAUCAGUCAGAUGUGCGUUCCAAUUGGAAUGCUGCGAUCCAGAACUCGGAGGAGAUGUAGAUCCAAUAUUUAACAGAAGACGCGAAUGGUUAAAAAGUUUAAUUAUGCAUUGGACUUUUCUGAAUAUAAAUUCCAAAAGACUGAAUUUUUCCGCCAUUUUGACCCCAUUCUGUAUAACACCAAUUCACAAGUGACUCACAAAGUCAUCUGUGUCAAAAGAAGAAUAAAUGUAUCAUCAAAUUUUCCUUUAUUUAGUGUUUCUGGCAAUUUUUGCAAACUAAAAUACGAGGUUCCUGAUUGUUCCGUCGUUAUGUUGAGACUUGACUAAAAAA